AUGGGGCUCAAAUCAGUCGCUCGCCCGCUGCUUCUCGUCUUUCUUUUACUCCUUGCGACCACGGCAUUGGCGCAAAACGACGACGACGACGACUCGAGCAGCCAGGCCAAUAAUAUCACCUGCUACGGCGUCGGCGGGAAGUCCUACGGCGACAACUACAAAUGUCCUGGCUCAAACGCCUGCUGCGGCUCCGUCGACCUGUGCCUGCCCAACAGGUUGUGUAAGAGCGUCGGCCUGUCAGACGAUAUUUUCAUCCGCGGACCCUGCUCGAUCAACCCGUAUGACGAAGAAGAGUGCGCGCAGAUCUGCCUGUACAGUGAAAACACAGGCAACGGUCGCUUUCCUCAAGUCACAAUCUGCAAAGACGGUAGUUACUGCUGUAACAAUGAUCCUCAGUGCUGCGCACGCGGACGCGGCACCUUCCUCGACGCACGAGGAAAGGUCAUUGACAACCCUACCGCGAGCUCAUCGUUGUCUGCCUCAUCGUUGGCCACGAGCAGCGCAUCACUUUCGUCCGCAACGCGGCCGCGGCUUCGACGACGGCGAGCGAACCACCUCCCAGUGGAACAUCUGCCGAUUCAGGCUCCAGCUCUAGCUCCGGCAACGGUAACGGUCUAG